AUGUUUGGCCAACUCUUAAAAAGUUCAUUCACCACCGCGCAGGAAAUAAAGGAGCACAAACAUCUCAGCAAUUCGCCCUGGAGCAAGAGAGUAGAAAGUAGCAGAAUAGAUAUAAAUCUGAGCAGUAGCAAGAACAGCGUGUGCAAGAUGAUAAACAGUGAUUAUAAGGAAAGGAGUGAAAAUGAUAAGUUAAUUAGCAAUAAUUGCAGUAGAAGCCGUGUAAAUAAUUUCAAUUCAAAUAAUAAUUACAAGCCAAUUGAGAGCUAUACGACAGGUAGCACUAAAAAUAGCCAUCUCUCAGCUGAUCUUUAUACCUCAUCCACCAAGCUGCUUCUUUUUUUUAUCCCUCUGAUGGCUGGCUACAUCUCAUACAAACUCUCCAGGUAUCUCAUGAAAAUGAGCAAAUCUUUUGGAAUCGACUACCACAAAAAGAACAAGAUAAAAAUCCCAGAGUCAAUUGGCCUAUCUGCUGGCAUUUCCUUUGUGUUCAGCAUUUUCAUAAGCAGCAUAUUCUUCACAGAUAAAAAAGAGUAUCUCCUUAUAUUCACCAACAGCAUAAUACUCAAUAUUCUACUGGGCUAUGUAGACGACACGAUGGAGCUCCCGUGGUCAUGCAAGCUGCUCUUUCCCAUUCUCUCUAUUAUUCCCAUGAUAGUAACAUAUUCAGGGAGCAGGUCUAUUUCUAUUCCUUUCAGUGGUGUUUAUGACCUAGGGCAAUUUUUCUACUUCUGUCUCGUCUGCUUAAGCAUAUACUUUACCAAUGCAAUCAACAUUCUCAGCGGAAUAAAUGGGAUAGAAACAGGACAGGUGCUGGUAAUCAGCAUGAUGAUGGCUGUGGAUAGGUGCAUAUUCUCGGACUCAGAUAAUGCGCUGAGCAUUCUUUUGUGUCUGUCUUUGUUUUCUAGCACUCUUGGCUUGUUCAUUUGGAACAGGUUUCCUUCUAGGUGUUUUGUUGGUGAUACUUUCUGCUACUUCAGUGGGUGCUCGUUCCUGUGCAUAGGCCUGCUGGGAGGCUUUCUUAAGACUAUUUUCCUAUUCUGCACUCCGCAGUUCAUUAACUUCCUUAUUAGCAUGCCACAGCUCAUAAAAAUAUUGCCAUGCCCCAGACACAGAAUGCCUGGCAUCAUAGAGCUAUCAGGCACUGAACCAGAAGAGAAUAAGGAAAUGGAUCAAGAGAUAACACAAGAAAUAGAAGUAGAGGAAAAGAGCAGAAUAAAUAGAAUGAUCGAGAAAAAAAGAAAAGACGAUAAUGAAGUUACUAAAGACCAAAACAAUCUAAAUAGUGCAAUGGAUGUGAUGAAUACUAGCACCAAUGAAAUUCUUCUAGUUCCCUCUGUUUUUACUGUUAGUAAAAAGUAUAUCCUAGGGAGCGCAGUAAGAAGGAACAUAGUUUAUCUUUUUACUAAGCUGAGGAUUAUUUCCUGCGCUGAAGAUAAAGACAGCUAUACCAUUAGCAACUUUACCAUCUUAAAUAUAGUGCUAGUCAUCAAAGGGCCAAUGAAAGAGAACACUCUAUUUACAUACUACAUGAUUAUACAGACAGCCAUAUGCAUAGCAGUACUAGCUAUAAAAGUAAUGCUCAACACAGCAGAAUAA